AUGCCUCUCGAAACCCAGAAGCGACGGUUGCCGAUGGACAGUUACGCGGAAUCCCACAGAGUGCGCCGGGCGAGAACGCGGAAUCCUUGGAUCUGCUCCGGGUUGAUAUUUUGUGUUACAGUGUCCGCCGUCCUCGUUCUUUUGACUAUUGUAUACUCCUACCGGAGCCUUCAGAUCGAUCCGCAAGGGUGCAGAACGCCUAGCAUGCGCCCAACGUACAUAAAGCUUGUUGGGUUCGAUUCGGAGCACACGCGCUUCGCGAGCAACUUGGGAAAAUGGUCUGACUUUCUCGUGCAGAUUAAAGGCGUACCAGUGCUAUUUCUACCUGGCAAUGCAGGAAGUUAUCGGCAAGGCCGUUCGCUCGCAUCCGAGGCCUCUUUAUAUUUUCAUGAGGUGCUACAAUACCAUCAAGAACGGCUUCAAACGGGAGUACGGAGCUUGGAUUUUUUCAUGGCCGAUUUUAACGAGGAUAUGGCUGCUUUUCACGGACAAACUCUCCUUGACCAAGCAGAGUAUGUGAAUGAUGCCUUGGCCUACAUUCUUUCACUAUACCAUGACCCGCGCCGUCCAGGGAGAGACCCUGAUCUUCCCGAUCCCACAUCAGUCAUACUUAUCGGCCACUCAAUGGGCGGCAUCGUUGCCCGUACCGUCCUCACCAUGUCGAAUUAUCAAACCAACUCUGUCAACACAAUAAUUACGAUGUCAACGCCUCAUGCAAGGCCUCCUGUCUCGUUCGAUUCUGAUUUAGUCCAUACAUAUAAACAAAUUAACAACUACUGGCGCGAAGCUUAUUCCCAGAAGUGGGCGAAUAACAACCCCCUGUGGCAUGUAACUUUGAUUUCGAUCGCCGGCGGAGGCGGCGAUGCCAUCGUCCCGUCUGAUUAUACAAGCCUUUCUUCUCUCGUCCCUAAAACGCAUGGCUUCACAGUUUUCACGACGACCAUACCCAAUGUUUGGACGGGGAUGGAUCAUUUAUCUAUUGCCUGGUGCGACUCGUUUAGGAAAGUCAUUGUACGGUCACUAUUCGACCUGGUUGAUGUGAGGCGGUCUUCUCAAACCAAGCAGAGAGCAGAUCGGAUGAAACCUACGACCCUUUUAACUCUUGGUGACGACACCAAAGUAAUACAAAGGCAAGGCGAACGGCUUACUCUUCGCGGCUUUGGUCGUCGCAAGGUGCCAGAGUCUCACCUCAUGCCCAUCCCUCCGCGAGGAGGUGUACCGGGGAAGAAAUUCACCCUUUUAACAGACCAGAAACUCGACGCUGCUGAAACUAACCGAAAAUUGGAAGUGUUAUUCUGCAGCGAUUUCCCGCUACGAGCCGGCCAAUCGGCAACUCUGCUUUCUCUCAACCUCGACCUGUCUGGGGACAGCUCGGGCUCGAUUAGGCUGGUUUGCAAAAGCGCUGUGGAAGACAUAAUUUCCCUUCCUGCUUCUACGCCGUCAUCUAAGUUCGCGUUUGAUAACGUCCCUUCCUUUUCAUACUUGCAAUAUGACUUGGAAGAUCUCACAGACUACCAGUUUGUAGCAGUUGUCGACAAGGCUGAAAAUCGACAUCGUGGCUGGCUCCAUGCAGAAUUCUCGGACAGUUCUGAUUCUGUGAUUCCCACCAGAGUCGGAUUGGGAAGACUACUUAGCGCAGGCCUGAACGUCAUGCUGCCUGCGGGAAGGCCCAUGGUCACUGAGAUAAAGGUUCCCGCACUCCAUUCGAGCUUACUUGCAUAUAAGAUGCAUAUUGAGAGCAAAGACUGUGGAAAAGAGCUUUUCAAGCCAAUGGUUCGCCAAUAUAUUUCCAAUCCACACGAGUCAAAAUAUUUUGUAAACGUCAAAGAUGCCGAAAUCAAUCUUCAUGGGAUCGCACCUUUCAUGCCCCCUCAUCUUCGAGACAAUGCUGCCACGGCCGGCCUUUCCUUCCAGCUCUGGUCCGAUGGAUCUUGCAAUGCGCCACUUCAGUUAUCGCUCAAAGUGGACGUUCUCGGGAGCAUGGGAAAACUCACUAUGCGCUACCGUACAGUUUUCGCUGCCUUUCCCCUGCUUGUUGUUGCCCUCGUUUUGCGGCAACAGUUCAAAGUGUAUGACCAGACAGGUGUAUUUAUAAGUUUUAUGCAAGCGCUGGACCUAUCCAUUCGAUCUUCGAUUCCAUUACUUUUUCUCGGCCUCACAUUCUUGGCUUCAUCGUUGGCGACGUCAAAGAAUGCCGUAUCUAGGGGUGCCUCUUUGCCCACUAGGUCAAACUCAACAGAAUCUAUUAUAGACUUUUCAAAAAACGACCUCCUCCUAGGAUCUCAAGAUGCGUUCUUCUGGUUCCUCGUUCCGUUGUUUGGCAUAAUCAGCAUAGGUACCUGUGUGAUUGUUAAUUACGUUGCUAUGAUUCUUAUCCAUGCGCUCGGGGCGAUCCGCGCAGUCCUGAUGUCCCGGAAAGCCUACGUUAAACAUGAUGACCGAGGUAAUUUGUCGAUAUUUUGGACUUUGUCAACCAAAAACCGAAUAAUAAACACAGCCGUUUUACUCCUUUUCGUCGCCACCAUCAUUCCUUAUCAAUUCGCAUAUGUCGUUGCAUGCGUAGUGCAGCUCGCCACCUGUGUCCAGGCGUCCUGGCAUGCUCGAGAAACGCGGUCGACAUCUCAUUCUAGCUUUUACAACUAUGCACACUCUAUUUUCAUCCUUAUGCUCUGGAUCCUUCCUGUCAAUGUGCUUGUGCUCAUUGUCUGGGCUCACAACCUCGCCGUCCACUGGCUUACGCCCUUCUCCUCGAAUCAUAACGUCUUUUCCAUAUUGCCGUUUAUUCUUCUUGUCGAAACCCUGACAUGUGGAACUAUGGUACCGAGAAUUACGACUCAUUUGCGACACAUCACCUAUCUUCUAUUCUUUUUCCUUGCUGCCUACUCCGCUAUAUAUGGCGUAACAUACGCAUAUCUUCUCCAUCACAUCACCAAUCUCGUUACCGUAUGGUUGGUGGGAAUCCAUUUCUUCGCAGGCGGGUUCUUGUUUCAUAGUCUAAGUCGAGUCCUCUACGGGACGGAUUCAGCACUCAACGGCACCCCUAGGCCACGAGGGCACACGAAAAAAUUGCCAUGA